CCAAAAGAUAAAUAAUAAAAUAAUAAUAUCCCUCAACUGAUUUCUCUUUUUUACUUUCCUUUUCUCCACUUCUUCUUCUUCUUCUUCAUCUCCUUCCCCAACUUUACCUUCCCAUACCCUAAUCAGAGUUCAGACCACUCACUCCCUCACUUCACUUCCCCUUCUCCGAUCUCCACUUUCUUCUUCGCCAAAACCCACAUUCACCCACCAGAGAGAGAGAGCAAGCAAUCGAGCUCACUUCAAGACGAAGAUGAAGCUCGAUACAUUCCUCUCCCACUCUGCUGCUCUGCUUCUUCUGCUAUUCUCAGUAUCAGCCACCCUGGUAGAUUCGAUGGGGAUCAACUACGGCCAAAUCGGCAACAACCUCCCAAAACCAGAGGACGCCGUCCCGCUAAUCAAAGCCCUCGGAGCCACGAAAGUCAAGCUCUACGACGCCAGCGCUCCGGUCCUCCGCGCUUUCGCCCACACCGGCGUCGAAUUCGUCGUCGGCCUGGGCAACGAGUAUCUCGCCAAGAUGCGAGAUCCAGACAACGCCCGGACCUGGGUCAAAUCCAACGUCCAGACCUACCUCCCGGCCACCAACAUCACCUGCAUCACCGUCGGCAACGAGGUCCUCACAAUGACCGACGAAUCCUACAUCCCGCACCUCGUCCCAGCCCUCUAUUCCAUCCACGCCGCCGUCGUCUCCCUCAACCUCCAGAACCAGGUCACCGUCACGACCCCUCACUCCCUCGCCGUCCUCCAAUCCUCCUACCCGCCUUCCUCCGGCGUGUUCCGCCGAGAUCUGACCGGCUGCAUCACCCAGAUCCUCAAUUUCCACGCCAACACAUCUUCCCCUUUUCUAAUCAACGCUUACCCUUACUUCGCCUACAAGGACAGCCCCAAGCAGGUCUCGCUCGAUUUCGUCCUGUUCCAGCCGAACCAGGGCGUGGUCGACCCCGGGUCGAACCUACACUACGACAACAUGCUGUUCGCCCAAAUCGACGCCGUCCAUUACGCCGUUGCUGCCCUAGGGUUCAAGAACAUGCCGGUUCACAUCUCGGAGACCGGGUGGCCGUCGAAAGGCGACGCCGACGAGGCCGGCGCGACCCCCGAGAACGCCAAGAAGUACAACGGCAAUCUCAUCAAGACCGUCUGCAAUAGGAAGGGGACUCCAAUGAAGCCCGAUAUGGGCCUGAACAUUUACGUGUUCGCGCUGUUUAACGAGAACAUGAAGCCCGGCCCAACUUCUGAGCGGAAUUACGGCCUGUUUAAGCCCGAUAGGACGCCCGUUUACAACAUCGGGAUUGACCUGUCGUCGAUUGGCAGCGGCGGUGGAGGCGGCGGGAACAAGACCAGUCCCGCUGCCGCCGGAGGAGGAAGCAGCAGCUCCGGGAGUCCACCGUCGGCGCCGGAUAAUGGUCCGAGUGGGUACUUGGCGAUUUCGAGCGGGACGACGAAGGUGAGAAGCAGCCUGUCGUCUUUGUCGUUCACAUUGGUGGGAGGAAUAUUGUUGCUUGCUGCUCGCCUUUUGUCCGCUUGAGGCGGCUUGAUUGUUGAUUUGUCGUUCCCAUCACCACCAUUUUCUUUUUUGCUGGGGAGGACCGAAUUUGCGACCUGUUUUUGCUCAUGUGGGCAUGUGCGGCAAUGUCGCAGGACCAAGAUCCGUCCAGCCGAUCUGCAGAGAGAAGACGAGAGAGAUACUGUUGUUGGAUUAUGGUUGGAGUAGUGUAGUUGCACUUCUUGCAUUGAUGUCAUCAGAUCAUUAUUAUUAUUUUUUUGGGAUGAAUUUAUAAUGGAUGCCAUCAUAUUGUUUUUAGAUCCAUUCACGCACGCUGGUUUCAGUUCUUCUGUCUUUUGAUGUUUCGUUUAACGGCUAUAAUUGGCUGUGGAAGAAAAGGUGGAGAUCUUCAUUAUGAACAAAGGAGGUGAGGGAUUGUUUUGGGCUAACGAAUCUAGCUCUAAACAAGAGAGAAAGGAGAGGAGAAAGCUGAUGAAAGGUUCACUUUUGCCUUUGCUCGUACGCUGCAAACUGCUAAAGAAUCUAAAUCUAUACAGAGAGACAGGAAAGCAUCCUUCUUUGGUGGCUUUAUCCUCAAUUGGGGAAUUCUUCCCCCACUUCACUUCUCAGAAACAACUGUUAGAGCAUCCAAUUCUGUGGAAUAUUAAAGGCACGUUUGUUGU